GCUUGAUUGUGUUUGCCUCAAUCUUCGUGAUCAAAUUCCAUUUGUCGUUGAAGUCGUGCACUUGACUUACUGCGAAGCGAAUGAAACAUACGUCCUGAAAGAUUUCGUCCUCCCUUCCGUCGCCAUUCUUCCUCGUGCUUACGACCGAGGAGAAGUCAUGGUAAGAUAGGACUUGAAGAAGUAAAGUACUGACACCGUUUUCCUUAACUAGAAAUUUCUGCAAAGGAUCAGCCUCAAGCUCAACCUCUCACGUGUACCCUCACUUCGCCACAAACAGGUCCCAAGUUUUUUUUUUCAUUUAGCUACGUGCGGCUUGUUUCAUUUUGUGGACAGAAGCGAAAAUAAAUCUUCUUCCUCGCCGGAACAGUCGAAGCUUUAUCUUUCUGGAAAAGACAAGCAUACAAAAAUAAAUCGCAAAAUGCUGAAGAAGACUGCAGUCGUCGUCGCUGCUACCAGCAGCACCCUGGAACAGGGUGGGCUCCACCUGGUUUCCGGGGCGAUGACGCAGGACCGUCGCGGCGCGACGCACUUUUGGCAAGGAAGCGAGGCCACGCCGUCCGGGUUCAUGCAGGAACCUACCGAGGGGCGCGACGACGGUGUGGAUGUGACCGGUGCGGAAGCUAUCGCGAAGCCCACUCAGGAUGUGGCCGACCUGCGAGCGGAGGUGGAUGCGUUUGCGACCACGCAAAAAGAAGCCUCGGACAAGAAGAACGCGCUGAAGAAGAAAAUCGCGGCGGCAAAGCGCGACUUGGCGGAAAAACUGGAAAACCUGAGGGCGGAGAUCGUGCGGCUGGAGGGGCAGCAGGGCGUGCUGGACAACAUGCUGGAACGCGUCGAUGCCAUCCCCGUGCCCGAGACGACGUCGGCUCCCUCGUCUCCCCCGACCACCUCUCCUCGGGAGGAAUGAUCAGGAAGCCUGAUGCAGCUACGGGGGAACGUUUUCAGCGCAUUUUUUUGCGAUUUUGUUUACACCAGUACAACAAGUUUUUUUUUAUCUAUAAUAUUCACCUUCUUGACUCUUCUCAAUUCACAAGCGCAACAUCUGUACCUUCUCAAACGCAACCAAUCCGUUUUAGUGCACUGCAAGUUUCUCUAAGCAAGAGCCCGAAAAUUCCCACAAAGGUCCAGCAAACAUUUUCCAUCACUAAGUUGCUACCCUAAAAGUCUGCUUUUUACCCCGUUAAUGUCCCUUGAAGUACUACGGUCAGUUUCUAUUGCUCCAGCAUGGAGUAGUUCGAGUUUGAGGCUCGCUGUCACUACACAACAUCAGCAUGCGCGCCUAGCGUACUAAAUUGUGGUGACAUAGAGUACUCUCGUCGGCGUAACGCUAGACGUACUCAAGAACAACGUGGCCGCACGACGUCCACUGCGCUACAACGUUCCAGGCUUUCUGUGCCGACAGCUCUACAGUAUGAUGAGACGACGACUCGACCCCCUUCCGGUAUGAUUUGACAACACGGCAGGAUUCCAGCCUAUCUUCACUACAUAUCCUGUAGCUUACGAAAAUAAAGCCUAGUCUUCACUUAUGUAGAUGGCGGACAGCACGACAAACAAGCACAGGAAGGCCAUGCAGUUUAUUGAUUUGUUCCAUCGUCCUUGCCCAUUCUGGGCAAUCCGUGGUUGUCGUCAUGUUAUUUGAAAAGGGUAGGCUCGACGUGCCGGAAAAUAAACCAAACUGCCCCUCGUUCUGGAACAAAACCUAAUCGUGCCCAUCGUGCUCCGUAAUUCUUCUCGUGGUAAUAUGCAUCGCGCAACAUCAGCA